AUCAAAAAGCAAUGCAACAAAAUGCAAAGAGUAUGUGACGUGAAAUCAUCCUAAAUUACCGAAAUUAUUGCCGGAUCGACAUUUCCGUAAAGUAAAACAGCUGAUGGGUGAUGAAAAGUGAUUUUUCGUUUAUAAUAUCUUGUUAUUAUAUAAGUUAACGCAGAAGAAUAACAUGGCUGAAAUUCAAACACUUAUGGAAAUGGGCUUUCCGAAGGAGCGAGCGGAAAAGGCGUUAGCGGUCACAAAUUACAAAGGCGUGGAACCUGCUAUGGAAUGGCUGUUGGCGCACGCUGAUGAGCCUGAUUUGGGAUCUGGACAAACAAUUGGCGGGAGUUCUAGCACCGAUGUCGCUGCAACUCCUUCGGCUUCGUCUGAACCGGCUUCUGAGCCAGCGUCUGAGGACUCGGCGGUUGCCAAAUCAUUUAAAUGUGAUGAAUGUGGAAAACUAUUCAAAAAUCAGGAUGAAAUGGAAUUCCACGCUGCGAAAACUAAUCACAGUAGUUUCUCUGAAUCUACCGAGGAAAAGAAGCCACUGACUGAGGAGGAGAAAAAGGCUCAAUUGGCUUUGCUAGAGGAGAGAAUGAAACAAAAGAGAAAGGAAAGGGAAGAAAAAGAAAAGGCUGAAGCAUUAGAGAGGGAGCGUCUCCGUAUCAAAUCAGGCAAAGAUCUGCAGGAUGCGAAACUCAGACUACAGGAGCAGGAGAUGCAGAAGUUAGUGGAGCAAAGGCGACGGGAGAAGAUUGAAGAUCAAAAAGCAAGGGAGAGGGUCAGGGCUCAGAUUGAAGCCGACAAACAAGCUAGAAAGCUUGCGGCAUCUGGUCAAAAAGAAGUUCCGGCUCCUGCACCUAUCCCACCCCAACCCGCGCCCGCUGCACCCAAGGUGUCUUAUGAGCAGGCACGUAUACAGCUGCGCCUGCCCGACGGACAGUCACUAUCUCAUACAUUUGGUGCUAAAGAACAGCUUGCUGCCGUCAGGUUAUAUUUACAAAUGAAUUCACAGGAGUUUGCUCAACAAGAGAACUUUAAGCUGAUGACCACCUUCCCAAAGAAGAUAUUCACCGUGGAUGACUAUGAGAAGCCGUUAGAAUUAUUGGGUCUGGUACCAUCAGCGGUGAUCAUAGUCUCCAGAGGUCAAUAAAAUAUUAAAAAUUUUACUGAACCGAAUAUGGAGUGAAAUGUGUCAUUCACACUGGGUUAUUGAGACCAAAAUCUCUGUAUAAA